CAUUAGUUUACUUCAACGAUUCACUUGCUGAAGACCAGAGGAAUGUGCAACAUACAACGACGAAUUUAUUUUACAGCAGGAUGCUAGCUGCGCAGAGGACCGCUCUGCCAUUGCUAGUCUUCCUCGUCGCUUCUGCUGCUGGCUUCACGUUUCCAGUGAACUGCGACUUUUCACGCGAUGGCAGUGAGGCUGUCUGCAUUGGCUGGUGCCCUUUGUACAUCAGCAAAAAUGUAACGACUCUUCGCUGCCAGCACAAUGGCUGGAGAAUUAUAAAUGGUACUCGGCUUCAUCGUUUCGCCCACCUGAUCUCUCUGGACCUCUCAUUCGGACGCAUAUCACAGAUACUGCCUGACAGUUUCCGGCGGAUGAAGGAGCUUCAACAUCUCGACCUGUCCAACAAUAUGUUGAGUGCUCUUUCAACCGACUUCAGUGAGCUGCCAAAGCUUCUCUCUCUGAACCUGUCUGGAAACCCGCUGACGCUGUCUUCCAGGGAGCCGUUCCUCGUCUCCAGUUCGCUGGACACUCUUGACAUCUCUAGGUGCAGCCUCACUGACCUGUGGGAAUACUCGUGCGGCAAACUACCGAAUCUGAGUGAGCUGCGGAUUCGAAACAACCCGGACCUGGAGAUCAACGGAUGUCCAUUUGUUGACAACAUUAAACUAAUCGUUGUGGACGGCGAAAAAGAAGUCGUCGCAAAAUUAAAAAUCGUUUGCCAGUACAAUCAUUCAUCUAAACCCAAUGCCCCAUCAAUGGAAGAAAGCAAUACAACAUUGGCCGUAAGCAAGUCUUCUGCUGAUACAAUAUCUUCUAAAACGUUUUUUGUGUAUCUCACUGCAUGCAUUUUUCUACUUUUUUUUACUGGUUUGACUUUGUGCUAAUUAAACAUAACAAUGGUCACAAAACCAACAUUAUUACAUUAAAUGAAUAUCAGUGAAGUUAA